AUAGGCUUUAUUGUAUUGAGCUCUUUUAGGAAGCAGCAGCCACUGCUUUGGUCAUGUGAUCACGAAUCCAUGUGGAUAUCGCAAUGGCGGCUGCGCGCAUUUGUGCGUGCUUAGCGCAUUUCGUGAGGGUUCUGUUGCUGCGAAUCGAUAUCGUUGUGCUUGUGAAAUUGGCUACGUUCUAUCCAAAGAUCAGCGAUCAUGUCAAAGUGUUCGAGAAUAUCUUCUCUUUGGAAGCAACAAGCAGGUGCGAGGAUUUCUCCCUGAACAUCGACUGUUCGGAGAGGCGAUUUUACCGAUUUCGCCCAAAGGAAGCCGUGCCUCCGGUCUCUAUUACGACGUUGCAUGCGACGUUGGCCGCCAGUGGAUUUUCUAUGCGGACAUUGUCGACAAUAUCAUCUACAAAGUGCGCCCACAAGGAACCGAAGAAUCCACAGUGUUAGUAAAAAAUAACGACGGCUUGGUGUCAAUCUCGUAUGAUUGGAUCGCACAGCUGCUGUACUACGUGGAUAACAUUCGAAAGACGCUAGAAGUGGUUCACGUCGUUUUUGCUAAUGUUCAUCGGACUUUGCUGAAUAACCUAGAGGAGCCUUCUUCUGUCGUGAUUCACCCUGGCAGAGGGUACUUGUUUUACUCUGAAGUCCGUCGACCGGCAAAGAUUACCCGGUGUUCGAACAACGCGCAGAACUGCGUUGUUGUCCGAGACGUGUCACUCGGCCGCCCUACUGGACUUGCAAUUGACUAUCUGGAAGAUCGCGUCUACUGGGCGGACACAAUACUAAAGCACAUCCAGUAUAUGGACUUACAAGGAAACAACGUUAAGACGAUUGAAAUUGUACCGAGACCUUCGCCGCUCUCCGUUGCGAUUCUGAAAGAUCAACUGUAUUUUAUUCAUACCGAGCCCUCUUCGAUUCGACGGGUACAUAAGAUUAAUGGAGGCACGCCGGUGACCGUCAAAGCGUUAUCUGACCAGCAGACUCUAUUUGGUCUCAAAGCUUGUUCUGUAACAAACGAGCUGACGUUCCACAAUAAUCCGUGCCACAACAACGGCGGUUGUAAGAAGUUCUGUUUCUUUAUCGUUGACCCGAAAACAGCUAUUCCUCAAAAACUUUGUGGCUGUCCGUUCGGCGAAGCUCUGGCAUCAGACAAAGUUAGCUGCGUGCCGAAUUCCGCAGAACAACAAGAAACACCCUGUGGCAAUAACAAAACGCAGUUCGCAUGCAGCAAUGGGCGGUGUAUACUUAAAGACUGGGUUUGCGACGGUGAAGACGACUGCCACGAUGGCUCCGAUGAAGUGCAGGAUGGCGUGCCAUGCCAUUCGCCUAAAACAUGUGCUCCCGGUCAAAUCAUGUGUAACAGCUCCAAGCGAUGCAUUCCGAAAGUGUAUGCUUGUGACGGUGAUAACGACUGCGGUGACUAUUCAGAUGAAGACCCAAAAUAUUGCGAAAAUGGCAAAUUUCCUAGCUGUUCGCCGAAGAAGUUUCAAUGCAAGAAUCAUCGCUGCAUUCCGGAGCAGUGGUUGUGUGACUCAGACAAUGACUGUGGCGAUGGAUCAGAUGAAACUUAUGAACUCUGUCACAACCGGACAUGCACUGUGUCGCAGUUUCGAUGCAGCAAUGGCCGAUGUAUCCCUGUGUACUGGGUGUGCGACGGCGACAAUGACUGUUAUGAUUCAAGUGAUGAAGAUGUUUUGCGAUGCCCGCCGGUUUCUUGCCGUCCGCAGGAGUUCAGAUGCGCAAACCAUCGCCAGUGUAUCGCUAGCAGCAAACAGUGCGACGGAACGCCUGAUUGCAAGGACUAUUCAGACGAAGAAGGCUGUGAUGUGCCCGAUGUCGUAACCAAAUGCUCAGAGAACGAGUUCAAGUGUGUUAAAAGCGGCGUGUGCAUACCAAAAUCGUGGAUGUGCGAUGGACAAAAGGACUGCGACGACGGUUCGGAUGAAGUUGAAGAACACUGCGAUCGAAACGUAUGCCCAGCCAAUCAUUUCUUGUGCAAGAACAAUCGCUGUAUAUACAAGAUGUGGAUCUGCGACGGCGUCGAUGAUUGCGCAGACGGUUCAGACGAGUCUGCUGACGCUGGAUGCGGACUGCGCUGUAUUCCAGUUGAUCAGGUCUGUGACGGCAAACCGCAUUGUCCAAAUGGUGAAGACGAAGGCCCGGGCUGUGCCUUGAAAACAUGCAGUAGCGGACCCGGCCAGUGCAGUUUCCAGUGCCACGCUGGCCCUGACGGCAGUUUCUGUAUCUGCCCUCCUGGAGAAUAUCUUGUUGACAACAUCGAUGAAUGCAAAGAUCCGUGGUCUUGUUCCCAAGGUUGUCAAAACCAGAAGGGUAGUUUCAUGUGUUCUUGCACUGACGGUUAUCAACUAAGAGCAGACAAGCGUACCUGCAAGGCGUUAGGCAACGAAACAAUGCGUUUGUACGUAUCGAACAGGUAUCGGAUAUUUUGGGGAUCUUCUGACCUGAACAACUGGUGGACGUUUGCGGCACCAGUCGAGAACGCCAUAGCUCUGGCCUGGGAUUCUGUUGAUAAUCGCGUCUAUUGGUCAGAUUUGAAGGACAAAUCAAUAAACUAUGCAACGAUAAACGGUUCUGAAAAGCAAGUGUUUCUCAACACGGGGCUUGACGUAGUUGAAGGAAUGGCCGUUGAUUGGAUUGGCCGAAACCUGUACUGGGUAGACAGUAGUCUAAAUUCAAUCGAAGUCGCCCGUUUGACCCCGCCUCAUUACCGUAGCGUUUUGAUCACUGCAAACGUUUCGAGACCUCGUGGUCUCGCGUUGGAUCCACGCGCAGGGCAUCGUCUUUUAUUUUGGACUGAUUGGGGUGUGAAUCCGCACAUUGCUCGAGCUAACAUGGAUGGAAGUGGACGUAUGGUUAUAGUCGACACAAAGAUUUACUGGCCUAACACAUUGGCCCUUGACUUAGCAACGAAACGAGUCUUCUUUGCUGACAGUAAAAUGGAUUACAUUGAUUUCGUAAACUACGAUGGUAGUGGCCGUGUUCAGGUACUGGCCAACGACAAGUUGGUUCUUCAUCCUCACAGUCUGGCAAUAUUUGAAGGUAAAAUAUAUUGGUCUGAUCGUCGACUGCAAAAGGUUAUUACGUUUGAUCCAAUGAACAAGUCUCAUAGCUCGCAUUCUUAUUCUAAAGUUCUUGGAAUCUUAGCCGUUCACGAAUCGCUACAGCCAAAAAGUAAGAGCAGCUGUGCCGAACAUCCUUGCAGUCAUGUUUGUUUGCUUACCCCGAAGGCGCUUGGUUUUACUUGUGCAUGCCCGCUUGGUUUCAAACUUGGUUCGUCAAAUCUUAAUUGCAUCGAAGACGAGAAGGAGUUCCUGAUCGCCGUAUCAAGAAAGCUGAUCAUGGGCUACAAGCUGGACACGGGACUAAAUCCGUCGAAAACUGAGAACAUGGCCGCAAAUGGCAUGAUUCCUUUGCCGAACCUACAGAACGUGAAAGACAUGGACUUCGAUGAACACGCGCGCCGUGUUUACUACGUGCAAUUGCCGUCGACAAAGGACCAUUUGGUAGCGGAGCGAAACAUGAAGAAGGCGUUCGUUUUCCAGUCUAAGCUUGACGGAACAAACACCAGUGUGCUAUUUCCUAGCGAGAGUCCGGGCAACGCGCACUGUGUCGCUUUCGACUGGAUUGGACGCAAUCUGUACAUAGGCAACAAGGAGUCAUCGACGAUCGAGGCGGUGCGAGUCACCGAACCAAGAUACCAGGUAGUGGUGUUAAGCAGCGACAACACCGCUCUUUCGGUUGUGUUUCCGGUCGCUUUGGCCUUGCAUCCAACCAAGGGCCUGCUAUUUUGGUUGGACGAAGGUGGACCGGGCGUUCCGCGGAAGAUCGGCCGCGCAACGAUGGAUGGUUUAUCAGUGAAGGCGAUCGUUACCCUGGACUUGACGCGACUGAGCUACAUCGCAGUUGACCCGGAUUCAGAGAUGGUCUACUUCUCGCAGGCUGAAAGAGGCACAAUAGAGAGGUGCAAUUUCGACGGCCUUCGCCGUCAGGUGGUUUUCGACAGUGGCGGCUUGAACCAGCCAAAUGGCCUUUGCAUUUUCCAACACAGACUCUUCUUCGCUGACCCAGCACAUCAGGCAGUGUUUGCCGCUGAUCUGGUCGAGUCGGAAAUGGACAAGACAAACUCGCUGCAGAUCUACAAAGUCCGUGGUGACCUGGAUGACGUUAUUACAGUGAAAAUCUUUCACACGCGAAAGUCUAUGCAGCAUUCGUGCCAAAUAAAGAAUGGUGACUGCGAACAUUUCUGUAUACCAAGAGAGAAUGGUUUCCGCAAAUGUGUUUGCGCCGCCGGCUAUCAGAUGGACUCAACAAACCAACGAUGUAAAAAAAUCGACUCGUUCUUGAUAUACAACACCGACCACGCAAUUCAAGGCGUCACGUUCAGUUCCAAUGGAAUAGUGGCUAUGCAACCAAUUUCGGGAAACAAACUGACUAGUCUAGCGGCUGAAAUUCGCACGCGAAACAUCUUUUUCGCAGACGCUGCUGGCGACAAUCGCGGAGUUCUUCGACGCAGUAUCGACGGCGGCGACGUGAAGCCUGUCGUUACCAUACCACUCGGCAGCGUGUCGGUUUCCAGUAUCGUUUUAGACUGGGUGAAUUUCAAUUUGUACUUUUUGACCGUCGGCUCUGACGAA